AUGUUGCGGUGCUGCGUUGUUCAGCGGUGCUCUGUGGGUGCGGGCGGCGGGCGGGGGGCGGUGAGUGCUAUCGCGCACGUCAUCAACGAUUUGAAUACGGGCGUGCGGCGGCGCGGUGCGGGUUCGAUCCCGGUAAUCGACUCCACAUCCCGCCGUCGAAAUGAAACAAUACACGAGAGCGGCGCGGCGGAUAUCGUCGGUGCCUUUUUA